AUGCAUUGCCGCGGCGUGCAAACUGCAGCGCCAAGCGAUGGCGCGGCCAUUGGUCAUUUGGCCAAGGAGGGCCAGUGGCUCCAUGCAUUGCACUACUUUGCAGAGGCCAAGACGCAGCAGGGCAGUGUGGCGAUGGCAUCCUGUCGUGGUGCCAUCCGCGCAUGCAAGCAGGCUGCCGCCUGGGAUUGGGCGCUCGCCACACUCGGCGCCGCCAAAACUGACCCUGCUUGCGCUGCUGCGGCCCUCGUGGCCUGCAGGAACAGGAACAAGUGGAUUCGCUCAGCAAGCCUCUUGAUGGACAUGUUCUCCUUGGCCAUGAAGGUUGACAUUGCCAGCUGCACUGCUGCAGCCUCUGCAGCUUCCGAUGCAGGUUGUUGGUCCAGGGCACUUUCCAUUCUGUGCAAUGCUGCGGCUUCACGAUUGGUUCUGGAUGAGAAAAGCUUCCUCACCACCUACCAGCUCCUGCAGCAGUCGGGGAAAGACGCGUUGAACAUGAUCCUCGAUUUCGAGGAGCUCACCUCAGCCCAGUUUGCUACCUUCAUGCCAUGGGCCUUGGCUUCCAUGGGCACAUCCAGUCCUGAAGAAAUGCACAGAGCCAUGGCCGAGGCGGCUGCCACGAUCCGGCACGGAGCGCUAGACCCGACGUCCUUGGCCAGCCUAUGGUGGUCGAGCUCGAUGAUGGGUGCGACGAAUCCUUCCUUUGUGAGCACUUUGAGCACGCAUGCCCGACGGCAAGUCCAUGAAUUUCGCUUCCAAGAACUGUUGAUGGUGCUCUGGGGCGCCUGUGGCAGUGCAAAGGAUCAGGAAGUGCAAAUAGUUUUCCAGCGGGAAGUUGCGGAGAGGCUGUACAAGUUCGACUGGGCGAGCCUGCCCAAACGAAUGCAAGUUGCACGAGCACUGGACACGUUGGGUUCUUUGUGGGCCUGUGCCUUCUCUGGCACCCUGACCGUCAAUGCCCGCAGUCGAAUUCGGGCCGAGCUGCUCCGAUUCGGAGGUCUAUUGGAUCGUAUCCAGGGGACGUACUUUCCAAAGACUCCAGGUGGCCUGCGCCCAUUGCAUGACGAUAUGCAGCCUGCUGUUGUAUUCGAUGCCUGGGACCGAGUGGUGCUGUUCAAGCCUGCCGACUAUGAAGUUCACGACGAAAACUCUGAUCUUCCACAAGUGUCGAUGUUCAUGUCGGCCAUGUUUUGCAACAAACUGCCCAUUCUCUACGAUGACGAGCUCGGACAUGGUUUCCUCCAUCGCUUAGACGUUCCAAGCUCUGGACUAAUCUUGGCCGCAAAAUCAUUCGAAGCGUACUACGACCUGCAGGUGCAUCAGUCAAUUACGCAGGUUGUCGAGCGGUCGGCUCGCUGCUUUCUACCUUCCGCCGACCCGAAGUUUUUACACUAUUGCGAGAGAAGAUGUUAUUCAACAUGUCCAGUGCCAUUCAGCGCCAUCUCAAUUGGUUAA